CACGAAGUGAAAUGUAAGUUGUUAGUAUGAUGAACGCAAGAUUUAAUUAUUUGUUUAAAAAAUUGUUAUAUACCUGUCGUACCAUAUUAAAAAUUACCAUUUAUGUGAACCUAGGUACCGUAAAGUACCACUAGGUAGUGAGUGAUAUAAAUGCGCUCUGCUAUUAGUGUUAUUUUGUCGAGUCCGGUACCCGACAACAAAAUGUCUCAUCCUGAUUAUGAGCAAACUGCUCACGAUCAUGCAGCAUUGCUUUUACUUUUGAGGCCCAUUGGCACACAAAUUAAGCAAAAGACUGUCAGCAGGUUAUGUGAGCGAAUAAUUAAGACAGGCAGUAGAUUUUCGGUGGCUGAUUCUACUGGUGGAACGCGUGAAAUUCUUGCUCGUUUUGUCAGAGAACAUCCAGUUGAAAAUAAUGAUUGGGGUGAUUUUCAAACUCACAGAAGAUUAUUAGGAUUAAUUACCUUUGGUAAAUACGACAAUCAAACAGAAUUGAAUGAAUUGUGUAGAGUCCAUGAAUCUUUAAAAGUAAAAUAUAGUGCAACAUUAUAUGAUUCACGUGCUAUUCUUUUGGGGCCAUUGGAAUCAAGCAAUAUACACGAACCACCGACACCAUUUGUCACACCGUCAAAUUUCAAAACUAUAGCUGUAUUUUAUAUGGAUGAAACAUGCCCUAAUCUCGAGGUUCAUGUAAUGGAGUGUCUCAAUUCUUUAUUUUGGAUUUUGGAAUCCAAAAGAUUAGAGAGAUCGCGUGAAAAAAUAGAUCGAGUAUCUCUCUUGCUAGCACCUUUUGAGAAGAAAGAUUUCAUAGGAUUAGACCUUGAAUCUAGGAAUAACAGGAAAAGAUGUGUGGGACGUAUGACAAAACAUUUAGGUGAUUUGUGUCUUCAAGCUGGUUUACCAGCAGAUGCUUUGAGCAAUUAUAAUUCUGCGGCUAGUGUAUUACAAGCUGUUAAUGAUUGGUUGUGGCUAGGAGCAGCAUUCGAAGGUUUAUGUGCUGCAUCUGCUUUAGUGCUAUAUCCAAAUAUGUGUAGAAGUCUUCCAUUGCAAAGGAAUUCUUCCCUUCAAGAAGGAAGUCCAGGUAAGCAGAGAAGGGGUUCACAAGCUGUAGCUACUCUACCAUCACCACCGGCUAUAGAGGUGGUGAAGAGUAAUAUGCCACAUAUUUUACUACCUGAAGAAAUAUCAAAAAAAUAUCGUGAAGCAAUAGUUCAUUAUAGCAAAUAUCAAUAUGCUGGAAUAAUCGAGACAGAAGCUAGCUUUAAAGCUACAAGAAUUUCAAUAGAACAAAAUUGUACCUUACAAGCUGCUUCAUACUUAAACAAUAUUAUACUUAUAAAUUUGUCACUAAGCGAACAAGAAAAAAUUGAUCGGUUUACCACAUUAUCAGAUUUAUACACAAGCUUUGGUUUUAUAAGAAAAGCAUCCUUUUGCUUAAGAUUAGCUGCAACAAGGCACGUGUCUCAAAAUAAUCGUAAUCCAGAUUGGCAACAGUGUUAUAAUCUAAUGUUACAAGCUGCUUCUGGAUUUAAAUUAUCAUUAGAUCCUAUUGACAUGUCUCCUGAAAGUCAUAGAGGUUGGCCAGUUAUACAAAUUCAAGUGAUAAAUGAUCUUGUUACUACCGCUAAUCGCAUGGGUAAUCCAGCAUUGGCAACUAGACACAUGACAUUUUUACUUCAGACAAUGUAUAAUUACCUGUCUCCUAAUGAACGUAAAGAAACUGCUUUGCAACUUCAAAGUGUAUCUCAACAAUGCGAAGGUGCUCCCGUACCUCUCGUUCUAGAUUCUGGUACAGUUAUACCGCCUGCCAAUUUAACCAAUAUUCCGAAAACUAAAUCGUUUAUUUUAAAAAAUAUGCAACCGCAUCUUCAACCUCAGAAAAUCGAAAGAGUAAAGGAAGAUCAUGGUCCGUUUCUAUUUACGCCAAUUAACUUUGGGUCAUUAGAGAGAAAAAAUAUAUCCAAAAGUAAAGUUGAUUAUUUAUGGGUAGAAGGUGAUAUCUGCGAAGUAUCGAUGCAACUCAUUAAUCCCCUGCCGUUUGAACUUCAUGUUUCUAAUAUGAGACUUCUUACAAAUGGUGUAGUCUUCGAAUCAAUUCCAGAAAGUAUUACACUUCCUGCGGAGUCAGGACCAAUUGCGGUAACAUUAGCAGGCAGGCCUAAAGAAGUUGGGGAUUUAGAAAUUCUCGGUUUUAGUACGCAUACAUUAGGAGUAAAAUCAAAUUGUAGAUUAAGGCAUAUGGAAGGAAUGGUUCAUUCUCAGUAUACCGUUGAGGUAGUUCCAGCUUUACCGAGAAUCGAAGUAGCUACGAGUUUACCACAAACUGCAAGCUUUAGUUCCGGGGAUAAUAUAGUAACUAGUGCAAGUACAUCAUUGUAUGGUGGAGAGAGUGCCGAAUGUACCGUAACAAUUACAAAUAGUGGGCAAGUUCCUAUAGAAACAAUCGAAUUAUCAAUACAAUCGACGUUAGACACGAUAACUGAGAGUAAAAUAUUUAAAUGGAGCGAUGAAAAUGUAAUAGCACAAUUGCCAUUGCAACCUGGUGCUAAUGCGAGUCUAACUUUAUAUUUAUAUGCGGCUACAGACUUUAUAGCACCUACAUCUCGGAAUGAUAUUAGCAGCAGUACAUAUCUUAGUCAGCCCAGCAGUUUAAUGUCUCACUCAGGACACAGUUCGUUACCAUCUAGAUUAAGUUCUCCAUCGCAUACAAAGAGACAAUCCGAAUUAACUUCCUCGUUUAGAUCUGGUUUAAGUUCUCAUUCGGGACAUUCUUCCCUGGCGAGUUCGCGUUUAUCGAAACUUGCGGUUCCAUUACAUACUUCAAAUGUCGUCGAAGGGCAAUUAAAAAUAAAAUACUCAGGUGGUGCAGGCCUAAUAACAGGCUAUUGUCGUAUUUCGUCGGUUUUUAUCACAAUUGAAAUGUUGCCUAGUGUACAAAUUACAAAUUGGGACGUACUUCCAGCAGAAACACCAUCGCAGUUUUAUCUCGUAUUAGAUGUAACAAAUAUGACUAAUCAUGAAAUGGAGUUACAUUACACGCAAACUAAAUGUAUAUACAUGGAGGGUAAAGAGCCGUGUAGAAUACCUGUGCCGGUUGAUCGAUGCCCACUUAAUAAAUUAUCUAUGUUAAAUGGAGCAGGUGAUAUCGGAGAGCUUCAAAAAGUUUGCUCCGAACACAUCGCAUCGCUAGUUGAUUUACGUUGGCAAUUAUUGGGUACAGAAUUGAUCGGGAAAGCGACUCUUUCUGGCAUUACUCUCACUCAAGAUAUGUUAGAUCUUGUUAGAAUGAGUCCCUUACAAUGGGAGAUCAAAAUAAACGAUACGAUUGUAAAGGCACAGGACGAAUUUACAUGUAAUUUAGGUGAAUGCGUUAGUGUUGGUAUAGGAAUAUGUAAUGCUUUAGAACAUCCACUGCGUGAUCUUAUGUUGUCCGUCAAUUUUUAUCAAGAUCACCAUAACGGUGUAAAUAAUUAUCAACUAGAAACGAGAUUAUCCAUCGCUGGUGCAAAUAAAGUCAUGCUUCCGGCAUUGCAGGAGUAUGGAAGACUUUAUCAUGAAUGUCGUGUAGUAUUUUUUACAGCAGGGCAGUAUAAAAUAGACAUCCAAUGUAGUAGUAAAGAAUCAGUUCCAAAUACACCAGUUAUUUGCUCGGAAUUGGUAAACGCUGGACACACGUGGCGUUAUAUACCAUCAAUAGAAAUAACUGUUGACGAUUAUUGACGUAAAUGAAGUUAUUCAAAGUGCGACUUUGUAAUAUUUGUUGAAAGGGGAAAAACAAAAUGUAUCUAUGCUUUGUUAUAAUAAUUAUAUGCGAU